UUCACGAUUUUUUUUCGUCGACGAAUAACAAACUACAUACAAUUUGAGUUACUAAUUGUGUUCCAUUGCGGUUUUGUACAUUACUAUGUCGGAAGUAAUAUGAACACAUGGUUUUUCAAAACAUCUCGACGCAAAAUUUUUCCCCGAUAUGUUUAGUGAUUAGUGAUUCUCUAUGAAUAUGACUAUAAGUCAGUCGCAUGCACCUCUGAGUUCGCAUUAAAAACUACCAUGCCACAAAACGAGUACAUUGAACGUCACCGUAAACUUCAUGGACGCCGUCUUGACUAUGAAGAACGAAAGAGGAAGCGUGAGGCUCGUGAGCCUCACAAGAGGUCCCAGGUGGCUAGGAGUCUUCGAGGUAUCAAGGCUAAAAUAUUCAACAAGGAACGUCGUAAUGAAAAGAUUCAAAUGAAGAAAAAAAUUAAAGCUCAUGAAGAGAAAAAGAUUAAAAAAACCUCCGAAAAGGUAUCUGAGGGUGCUCUUCCUGUUUACCUUCUAGACCGUGAAGUUCAGUCUAGAGCUAAAGUCUUGUCAAAUAUGAUAAAACAGAAACGAAAAGAAAAGGCCGGAAAAUGGGAUGUCCCUAUUCCUAAGGUGCGUGCACAAGCUGAUGCGGAAGUAUUGAAGGUCAUCAAAUCAGGAAAAACUAAACGGAAAGCUUGGAAACGGAUGGUCACUAAAGUCACAUUCGUAGGUGAAGGUUUCACAAGAAAACCUCCAAAAUUUGAGAGAUUCAUCCGGCCAAUGGCUCUUCGUUUCAAAAAAGCACAUGUUACCCAUCCUGAACUAAAAGCUACGUUCUGUUUACCAAUAAUUGGCGUUAAAAAAAAUCCUAGCUCACCAAUGUUCACAAGUUUAGGUGUUAUUACAAAAGGUACUGUCAUUGAAGUCAAUAUUUCAGAAUUGGGUUUGGUGACUCAGGCUGGUAAAGUAGUUUGGGGUAAAUAUGCCCAAGUUACAAAUAAUCCAGAAAAUGAUGGGUGCAUAAAUGCUGUAUUGUUGGUUUAAGUUCAUGUAGUUAUGUUUUGUAAUUCGUAAUAAAUAAACAAUGAAAUUAAUAA